AUGGUGGAUCAGAAAGCGAAGUAUAGUGAAGUGAUUAUCGACCCGGGUCUUAUCAGACUGCCCGGAACAGCGACAUUCCGUUGUCCGACUGUACAGGGCAGAACAAGGCGUGGGUACUACCCAAAUGCAGUUAGUUGGUUUCGCAGUUCCGGAGUGAAUAUCCUCGACUCAUCGGAUACUGAGGAGAUUUUGAAAUUCUCUCUCACCGUACACGAUAUCGCUCCGAUUUCCAGACGUUUUCAGCAAUCGAUGCGUGCCUAUGUCUAUCCACCACAUAAAUGGAUGGAGGCACAUACGUUGGAUCUG